AUGUGCGAUCUGAUGGUAAAAGUUCCUAUUCCAGCAUCUCACCUUGGUUCCACUGGUGCUACUGUAAAUCCUGUGAUAAUCGAUAUCGCUAAGAAAGGAGUAGUACGUAAGAGGGUGCGGGAAUUAAGAAGCAAGCUCUGGUUUCAGACUGCAUGUCCAAUGCUAUUUAUGUAUGCUCCGAUAGGAUUUAUGUAUGUGAUGCUGUUCAGUGGCACUAGAAGUACAACUGCCAUGACUGCAACUAUUGCGGCACUUUUUUCUAUGUUUCCUUUGAUUGAUCCAAUUAUUCCCAUCGUAUUUCUAAGAGAAUAUCGCGAAUUCGUUCUUGACGGCUUGAACAAUAUAUCGCCUACGCGCGUUGCUUCUCUACCGACACUUCGUACAAUUUUCUCAUAA